AUGAACGCGACCACCGGGGAGGUUAUCGCCGUCAAGCAGGUAGAGCGGCCCCGGACGGCCGCCGACCAGGACGACUCGCGACAGAUCGCUAUCAUGGAUGCGCUGAAACUCGAAAGCGACACGCUGAAAGAUCUUCACCAUCCACACAUUGUCGAGUAUCUUGGAUUCGAAGAGACUCCCGACUUUCUGAGCAUAUUUCUUGAAUACGUGCCGGGCGGUUCCAUCGGUAGCGCCUUAAGAACGUACGGUAGAUUUCCCGAAAACACUACGAAGUCUUUCGCUGGUCAGGUGUUGAGCGGGCUGGAAUACCUCCAUGGUCAAGGGAUCAUACAUCGGGACGUCAAAGCGGACAACAUCCUCGUGGACCAGGACGGUAUCUGCAAGAUCUCCGACUUUGGGACGUCGAAGCGGACGCACUCGGACUCGCCCGCGACGGCGCUGCGCGGGACGCUGUAUUGGAUGGCACCGGAGGUGGUGCAGGUCGACGGCCAGCGGUACACGACGAAGAUCGACAUCUGGAGCGUCGGGUGUUUGGUGCUCGAGAUGUGGUCCGGGCGAAGGCCGUGGUCCGACGAGCAGAUGUACGCUGCGCUCAUGAAGGUGCGACACAGCAACAGCUGUCCUCCGGUCCCCUCAGACGUCGUCCUCUCUACCCUUGCGGAAGACUUCCGCCUGAAAUGUUUCAAGAUCGAUCCGAACGAGCGGCCCCCUGCCUCGGAACUCAGGAAACACCCUUACCUCGAAAUCCCGGCAGACUGGACGUUCCCCGGAUUCAACAAGGGCACGCCGUCGUAA